AUAUACAAGCAGGCGCCCCAUGGGCAGCAGCGGCAGCCGGGCCUUGAGGCGGUGGUGACAGCCCCGACAGCUGCCCGCAGGAGGCAGCCCUGGAUAGUGGGAUGUCACCGCGGGAACAGCCACGACACUCAGCCCCGCAGCACCCUCCCCCCCACUCCCGACGGUGGGGACAAGACCCUGCACCUGCUGGACCAGCUGCUGGCCACGUGGGUGGUCUGGGACCCUGGGGAGUUGGGGCCCGGGAUGGCCAUGUCGCCAGAGCAGAGCACUGAAGAACACCCGGACAGCAGCAGUGCCUAAAGCCCCGGCAGCAGUCACAAGAGGCCCGAGAGGCAGCCAGCCAUCUCCUGCGACUCCUUGGAGGAGCUGAUGGCCAGCACGAGCAGGAGCACUCCCCGACGGCGCCCCGGCCCCGUGGCCACCGCGGACCCCAGCCUGCCUGGCCAG